AUGAGUACUGACUUUGUGGCUUAUUCCGUCUGCACUUCCGCUCUGGUAUGCGUGACCUUCACCUUUGAUGACUGGAAACGACAUCGCAGCAGCAACCGCUACUUGUACCACUUAAAAACGCUAUCAGAGUCGGGUAUUGUACGAGGCAUCGCUGCACCCGUACUAUUUGUCACGGCCUUCACGGCAGGUAUGACGCUGCUGUAUGUUGUCGCUGCACUCAACGUCGCGCAUGCUGCCCGCAUGCUGCCCGCCUGGCUGCCGCCAUUGCCCAACAUCGCCAUCGAACCCAUACAGCUGACCAGCAUCGCUCUGUCACUGCUGCUGCACAUGCUCACCGGUGUAAGACAUGAAAGCUCCGAAACCCCUCCGAAACCCCGUCAUCCCAGGCUCCUUACUUGUCGCCGUUUUCCUUGCGCCCCUCUUUCCCUUCCUGUUUUGUUUUACGACAUGGAAAAGGUAUUUCGUACCAACGCCAGCUACAGCCGUUGGGACGAGGGCCGCCGUAGCUUCGGCAGUAUCACCACCGUCAGUCGGGACAUAGCCAGGCAGGCGUUUGCGUGGUUCCGUACGGAUGACAUGACCAACCGCUCUCGGUUGGGAAGGUGGUUGGUCGCGUUAGGCAGGGUGACUAUGGUGCACCUGAGGGAGGAACAUGGCAUGCAGGAGGAGCUGAAGGGCGUCUUGAAGCCGCAGGAAAUUGAUGCGGUCACCUCCUCUAUCCAUGCGCCUAGCUUCUGUUUGCAGAUGAUCACUUGGACAAUUCGUACGGCGGGUCUGCCGCAGGAGCUGGUCAUCCGAAUGGACGAGAACGUCUCCCGGCUCACUGACGCCGUAUCCGCCUGCGAGCGGAUCCUAAACACUCCUAUCCCCCUGUCGUACACUCGCCACACCGCCCGCUUCUUGAUGGCCUGGUUGGUGUGCUUGCCCUUUUGCCUUUGGAGCUACUGUGGAUUGGCAAUGGUCCCCAUCGCGGCCCUGGUCGCCUUCGUGUUGCUGGGGAUUGAGGAAAUCGGGGUUUAUAUCGAGGAGCCUUUCAGCAUUCUAGCCCUGGAGAAGUUGGUUAACAAGCUGGAAAACAUCGUAAACGCGAUGUUGCGAGAGAGCCAGUGGCAAACUCAGUCUUUCGCGCUUCACAUCCUUUUCGUCGGCCCCUUUCCGGUCUCCGUUUGA